GCAGACUCACAACUGUGAAGGUCGUGCAUUCAAACCGCAACUGUGCACCGAGGGAUUUUUUUACGACGCAAUUAAUACUUCUUCGUCUUUGUGGAUUAAAGCCUACACAUUCUCAUUGUACUAUCCUGGUAUGGCGGCAAUCAUGACGGAAACGAAGCAACACACAGAUUUCAGCAAGUUGAGUAAAACUCGGGAGUCUGACUGGCCUGCCGUACUUUUCUUCAUACAUAUCCACUUGCUGUCAAUAUACGCCGUAUGGCUCGUCUUCACAGAAGCAAAAUUACUAACUAUAUUAUUCCUUCUCGCCCUUACAUUAUUUGCAACACUUGGAGCUACUGUUGGAGCACAUAGACUAUGGGCACACAACACAUAUAAAGCAAGCUCGGAACUCAGAAUAUUCCUUAUGCUGUGUCAAACUUUAGUUGGACAGGGUUCAAUAUACAACUGGGUCCAGUAUCACAGGUUACAUCACGCUCAAUUCAAAACUGAUGGAGAUCCCUACAAUCCAAGACAUGGAUUUAUUUACGCACAUUUCCUUACAAGGCUGCGUAAACUAAGCGCCUAUCAACUAGCUCUCAAGGACACUAUUGAUAUGUCGGACCUGGAGAAGGACUCCAUUGUCAUGUUUCAAAAAAGGUUUUACUGGAUACUAUACGGUAUAUUAUUUAUUCUUCUUCCAUUAAACGCCCCUCUCGAAUAUUGGAAUGACAGUGUAUUAAGUGCAAUAUUUAUCAUUGGCUUUUUGCGGUACUGUCUCGUGUUACAUGCCUCUUGGCUUAUUGAGAGCGGAAUAGAACUAUGGGGAUUGAAAGAAGGCGAAAAGUUCCCCCCAGACAGCAACCUUGUGUUUGUCUUAAAUAGAACUUUUUGGCCACACUACCACUACAUCUACGCAAAAGACUACAAAUCUGGAGAAUACGGCUCAUACGAUGCGGGGUGCUCCACUACUUUUAUAAAAGUAUUCGCAGCACUUGGCCUAGCAACGAAGUUGGCAACACUCGAACCUCGCACUUUACAAAUCGCUAUGGCGGAGAGCGCCAAAACCAAUAAGCCUAUUGGCGACUGCAUAGAGGAAGCUUUAACAAACCAAAUAAUAAGCGAUGAACACUUUUUAAAAAAGUAAUUUAAAUUAUUUUAAAAGUUCAGUACAACAUGUUCUCAUAAUACAUAUUUAUUAACUAUAACAGUUUUUUUACUUUGUAAUUAGAUAUAGUUAUUUUUAUGUUGUUUUUAUUUGAAGUCGAUAUUUAGGGCACACAAGGUAAGCUGCCUUCUUCUUUUUUUAAAUAGUCAAGAAACCAACUGAUCGACGUGUUAUUACUGUAACAAUUAUUUAAAUGUAAGCAAAGCACUUGAGUCUUCUGUUAUUGUGUCUAUGGUCAACCAAAUUGCAUAACCUCAAAUGAGCCACCUGCUCAUUUUUCACCUGUUAUAUAAAUAAAGAACUUAUGAUUCAA